GUCAUCGUGUUUCUUAGUUUGGUGUGCGUUACACUGGGCGUGCGGCCGGAAUUUAAGACGUUCACAAUGCGACCUUAACAGCAAUUCUUUUUAUUUUCUAUAUAUUGUUAGGGUCUUGUGACGAAUUUCUCCAGUAGAAUAGAGAAGAGAGAGAGUUAACUAUUUCCAGAAACCAAACAACCCUAUAUUGUACACGGAGGCUAGUUUAGAAGCUACAAGCUAACACCUACCGUUAGCUAUGGAGGAGAAGAAGGAGGAGGGAGAAGCGGAGAUCCAAGAGCACGGCCCCGAACACUGGUUCUCCAAAUGGGAAAGGCAGUGUUUGGCAGAGGCCGAACGGACGGAUCCAAACGAAGAGGAGACGGAACAAAGCCAGCAGAAAUUGUGGCACCUCUUUCAGAAUUCGGCCACCGCGGUCGCACAGCUCUACAAAGAUAGAGUAUGUCAGCAGCAGGGCCUCUCUCUCUGGGUGCCCUUCCAGAAUGCUGCCACAGCUGUCACCAACCUUUACAAAGAGAGUAUGGAGGCCCGCCAGCGGAGCUAUGACCUGGGCAUCCACUUGGGCCACCAGCGCAGGAAUAAGGAUGUGAUUGCAUGGGUUAAGAAACGCAGGAGAACAAUCAGACGCGAGGACCUCAUCAGCUUCCUGUGUGGCAAAGUUCCACCACCACGGACAGCUCGCGCCCCGCCAAGAGUUUCCAUGGUGUCUGCGAGCCGACCAUCACCGCCGGAGACGGGCAGCUCUGUGGAGACAGACCUGCAGCCCUUCAGAGAGGCUAUAGCACUACAUGGCCUUAGCGGUGCCAUGGCGAGCAUUUCUGUGCGUUCUGGUCCUCCCGGUUCCCCGACUCACCCGGCCCAGCCCCUCAGCCGUCGGAGGAAUGGUCUCCAUGACGUGGACCUCAACACCUUCAUCGCCGAGGAGAUGGCGCUGCAUUUGGAUUCCACAGCCAAUCGUAAACGAGGCCCCGCCCCCUGUAGUGAUGUCAUCACAGACUCACCUACCCAUAAACGUAACAGGAUGCUCUGAACUCUUCCGAGACCACUAAUCCCUCCUCUGUCCUCUCCUUGGUGGCCGACUGGACAGCUGAUGAGGACUGAUGCCUUGGCCAACCAUUUGAAAUCUCCCUCCUUUUUAUUUUAGUUGCAAUGCUACAAAUAAAGAAACAUAACUUUUAUCAAUCCACACAUUUAUCCCCUUCUUUUCCUUUCUUUACCUCGUCUGUUGUCUCUCACAUCCUCUCAAUACUAUUGUUAAGUUUUUAUUUUAUUUUGGAAAGGUAUUCUUUCCCGUUGGGUUGCCCCCAAUAGAAGCGAUGUAGAAGCGAGCACACGUCACGUCCUUGAUCCUUAAAUCAAAGAAUGUUGCAUUUGAACGUGGUUUAUUUGGCCGGGCUCCUUUUUUUUGUUCUUCACAUCCAGCGUGAACCAGGCUGGUUCCUGCUGUUUGCAGUUCUCCUCCCAUCAUCCCUCAAGCGUACUUCCUCCUCCGUCUCCUCUGUGGGUUGCUGGCCGAGCCGGAAAGGACUGAAACCCGGGAUCCUCUGCAGGCGGAACCACCUCCUCGCUGCGCAGCUCCACUCAAACUGCUUCUCAGUGUGUGUGUGUGUGUAUCUCAUUCUGCUGCUGCUCGGUGGUUUUGCGUAUCUGACGGCAGAACUGCCACCUAGUGUGUUGUACUUGUCUUUGCCUUUGAGAAAGCUGCUACAGUGUCUCUGUUGUGCAACAGUGAGUGUGUACGUGUGUGUGUGUGUGCGCGUGCGGAUGCACCGUUCUGGUAAAUCCAGCAAACCACUUGGCCGAAUUAUUUCCUGUUAAACCUAAAUACUAUAUAUUUUUCCCUCCUCCUUUUGUUGCUCUUUGCAGCCUAAACCAGGGUUUCAUCACAAAGCAGGUCAGCCCAAUUCACACAUAACUGUGACCGUCUUUGCAGUCACAGUUUACGAACACCUUCCGUAGUGAGGGACAGGAGAUAAGCAAGGUGUGUUUUGAACAAAGCUUUGCUGAAUUACCCACAACCUGCAUUCUUUUUCCACACCUUUUCUCAUUGGUAAUGUCACUUUUUUUCUUUUACAAAUAAUCCAAACAUACAGUUUUCCCAUUCUUUCAUUUCACAGUACAAGUUGUUCAAAGCUUGUAUUUUACCUACUUUGUUUACAUUUGGCCCUUUGAUAAGAUUUGUGUGUUGUCAGCGUUUGUCCCUUCCAUUUAAGGGAGUAACAACACUUUGACCCUUGUAAUUUAAAGAGGUUGUUUGCCUGUGAACUAGUUGGCUGUGGUGGUUCAGCAAAGCUUUGGACACUUGUUGGGCUUCUUUUCACAAACUGCUUUGUGAUACAAUCUGGUGUAAUGUGUGUAAAUAACAUGUAGGUGCUGUUAUAUGUGGUACAUAUUGUAAAAAGAAGUGCAAAUCCAUUGGGAUGUCCAUGUACAAUAACAAUUCAGACAUUAAAAAAAGACAAGAGUU